AUGAGUUGCGGCGCGUCCCGCCCCGGCCCAAAACCAAAUCCAUCUAAGCGCAAGAAGUUGAAAUCAGGGCUUAAUUCCGAAUGGGGUCAGGAUACGUCGCUCAGUCCAUCUGCCCGGGAGACUCAAGUAUCAUCUUGCUCGACCAGCGGAUAUUCCGUAACUUAUACACCAACCGUCACUACCACCUCAACAGCCUCUGCCUCCGGCAUUGUUGUUGCUAGUCGCUGCAACACCACUGACCCCGAUCAAACUGUCUACAAGGUUGAGUCCGGAGAAACCUGCGUUUCUAUCUCAGAAGCUCAAAACGUCUCCACCUCAGCCUUGAUCAACCUGAACAGUCUUGAUAUGUGGUGUACACACAUAAUGGUUGGGUUAGAAAUAUGUCUUCCCGAUGUGUGUGAAGUCUAUCGUGUUCAAGAGGCGGAUACCAUCGACAACAUUGUUGCUGGAUUCUCCCGUCAAGUCUCCGUGCCUCAGUUUGUUGCAUGGAAUGCGAAUCUGAACUCAAUGCCGAGCUCGGAGAAUCUAACUUCCAUUUCUGGGAGGUACAUCUGCGUAAGUCCGCCGGGUACGCUGACACUUCCUGAUACCCUGGCUCUGAGGCCCGCAACAACAGCUGUAUCUGUUCCUACCGAUGCGGUUACAAGCUCCAACAAGGACUGUGGCCACUGGUACCAGAUUCAAUCCGGUGAUACUUGCCAGUCUGUGUGCGAAAAGUUCAGCAUAUCCAUAGAUAAAUUCGAUUUCUUGAAUCCCCAAGCUGCGCAAAAAACGACCUCGCUUGUGGGAGUUUGUGGAAAGGGAACAGCUACCUAUACAUCCAACUCCACCAAGACUCGCACCACUCUCGCCAGCACCAUCAAUAUCAAUUCUACCCGCACGGCAAAUCAUAGCACUACACAUCUGUUCUGGUCUUUCCCCACCGAUCUGACCACAACCUCGACCUGGACCCCCGACUCCGCAUUGCUCGCAUCCCUUGCUUCCUACACGCUCUGCGGCCAGGUAAACUCGGUGUACAACAUCACCGAUGGCAAUCUGACAGAGGAGAUGUACGAAGGCGAACAAUGGCUGAGCGAAUACGAACGCGUCUGCUACCUUCGUUCGCCGACACGACGAACCAGUGGAAGAUGUGACCGUCGCCUCUCGUGCAUGGAGAUUCUUUGUCCGUGA